CGGGCCGGAGACUUGGCGAGCUCACGCCCCCCACGUCCAAGUUUUUCUGAAAGUGCUGAAGGUUUUCUUGGCGAGCGCGCGCCCAGCGUGAGAAGAUGAAGCGGUUUUUCGUGGUGGUCCCCCUGUUGGUGAUGCUUCUGACCGAGAACUUUACAGUGACUUCAUCCUAUGGUGAUCCUGAUAAUCCUGAUGACUCCUCAGUAAUAAUACCGGACUGCAAAGCAUAUGGCAUUCCAGGAUGUCCAAGAGAUUUAUCUCCUGUAUGUGGAACAGACUCCUUAACCUAUGCCAAUGAAUGUACACUCUGUCAGAAAAAUAGGGAGGAAGGCAAAGAUAUUAAAAUCAAAUGGAGGGGACGUUGCUGAUGAGUCAACAGAAGAAACUACAGCUGAGAGAAAAUACUUUAAAAUGGGAGUAUCACCUGCAAUUUCAGCUAUUACUUUUCAAGUUUCAUAAAUUUCCUUGAUUCCUAAAGUGCUUCCCAGAAGAUUUAUUACUAAGAUCUAAUUCAGAGAGAAGAUAUGGGAAGGAACUGAAAGGCUUAGACAUAAGGCUUUUAAAAACUCCAUUUUUUUUUUCUUUUGCUGGGUCUCUCUUCUGCAGUCUUAGUUAAGAUCUUAUGGUUUUUGUAUUGUCUCCAAGCCUGAAUAAAACCAGAUUUAGUUCUA